AAAGUACAACUUUUUUUUUGUUUAACACUUUGUCUUCAGAAAAAUAAAGGUAACAUAGAUCAAGUCAUAGUAGAUAUAGAGCCAUGAAGUAUGCAUUUAAGGCGCUGUUAAAAAUGUACCCUGUGCGUCAUGACGUUAAACCGGAAGAACUAAAUUAAGUGAUCCCAUCCGUUCUCUUAAUACAUCCGAGGUCCCAUCCCAUUGUUGGUGAAUGUGGCUUUCAGUUCCUGAGGAGUUUUUUUCUUUAUUGAAAGUCAGUGUACCACCCUCUAGCUACAUUUACCGGUAACGUUAGCCGCCCAGCGCUCCAUCAUGUCGGGGACGCAGCUGCUCAGACUGCUGGUCAACGAGCGACUGGCAGCGGCUACCGAGGAAAUCUUUGGACUCGUUGAGAAGACGAUAGCGGAGUAUCAGGAUGAAGCUGUCCGCUCCAAGAGAACAAUUAUCCUUCUGAAACAGCAGAUCCAGCAGCUGACCGUUCUACAGUCUAAAGUGAUGUUAGUCAGAGCAGACAUCCCGUCAGUCUCUGAGGAGAUUUUGCCAGACCAGCUUCCUAAUGUGGAGGAAAAUGAGACCCAUGACUCUCAGCAGGUCAAACAGGAGCAGGUGGAUUGGUGUGUCAGUCCAGACAUGGAGGCGGGUACUUCCAACGAUGCUGGACAUCCUAAAUCAGAACCAACCACUAACUGUGAGCUGUUCCCAUCUUUCACGGCUGAAACUGUGAGCGUAAACGCAAACGUAGAUGACAAAUGGAAUGAACGAGAUGAUUUAUCGUCGCCUCGUCACAGUCAGCAGGGGCAUCAGUGUAUCAUUCCAGACCUGAAGGGUGACUCCUCCGAGGAUGUGAACAUCAGACUUACUGAAUCAGAUAAAAGUGCUCAGUCAGACUGCCAGCUCUUCCCAACUUUCGGCACUAUACCUUUAACAUUGAAUGACGAUCAAUGGAGUGGGAGUCCCAGCAGUGACGCUGCUUUAACAGAGCAGGAACAAGCCCAGAUGGACGAAAAGGCUUGCCGUUUCUGUGGCAAGCAGUUUAACAGGGACUCUGAUCUGAUAAGACACGUUUAUAAGAUUCAUAUGACUGCGAAGGCCUUUAAAUGCUCUGAGUGUGACAAGGAGUUUGCGUGUAGGGGCCAUCUGGUUGCACAUUCAAGAAUUCACAAAGGUGAAAAACCACACAAGUGUUCUUUCUGUAGGAAGUCAUUUGCUCAAAGGUCAAAUCUCAAUGUUCACUUGAGGUUGCACACAGGGGAAAAGCCAUAUUUUUGCAAAACGUGCGGCAAAAUGGUUACCUAUAGUUAUCAUCUCCAAACGUGUGGUAUGAAGAAGCAAAAAGGGAAGAAGUCAUUUUCCUGUUUGGUUUGUGGUAAACACUUUCCCUCAGCUUCAAAACUGGGGGUCCAUAAGAAGAACCAUGAAGCAAGGAAACCCCACACUGUUUUGUAGUCUUUUGCCUGAUCAUCAGACUGAAUUGACAUUUGUUUCACGUCAUUCAUUAUUUUUUAUUUAUCAUUUGAGUCUCUGAGCAAGUGAAAAAUGUAGCCAGCGAUUCAGAGGUCUGGAGGACAAAAACAAAGAAUUACAGACGUCUAAGAAAAUGUCUUCCGUUGCAGACCUCAACCUUUUUCAGUCCAGUUUUGCGGAUUCGGUGCAUUUGAGAUCUCUGACCAGUUCAAGCCUGACCUUUUAGUUCAUGUUACCGCUCGUGGUUAUUGCAAUUCUAUUUUGUAAUGAUAAAGAGCUUUUGUGAUACAUGUAGACUAGCAUAACCUAGUAAUAAACACUUAACAAUGAAAAGUGUGGCUCCAGCACAAACUCUUUAAAUUUAGAACCUAAUUUUAGAUCCAUGUCCAUCCUUGUUUACUUUCAUGCUUAAUACUGUAAACAACGUCAACUACUCUACCUGUCUGAAAAGGUUUUCUCAAACAGGAUUAGGGUUGCAAAAGGGCGGAAAUUUUCCGGUAAAUUUCCAGAAACUUUCCAUGGAAAGUUUAGCUGGGGAAUUUUGGAAACAUUCCAAUUUGGAAACUUUCAUGGGAAUAAACGGGAAUUAAUGGGAAUAAACUGGAUAUUUUAAUAUUGCUUUCCAUGGAAAGUUUAGCUUGCAAAUUUUGGAAACAUUUCAAUUUGGAAACUUUCAUGGGAAUUAAUGGAAAUUAUGGGAAUUUGGAUGGGAUGUAGUCCUUGGGCUCAAAUGCUGUCUUCAAUCAGCUUCAAUCUGCUGUAGAAUGUUGGAUUCUAUAAUGAUCUCUGCAGUGGGUGUGGCCUCAAUAGCAGUAGGCUAAGUAGUAGCCCAAAAAAAAAAAAAAA